AUGUAUGGACAGCCCAUGCCGUGGCAGAUUCAGGGUGUGGCCCAGAUGGUGCCCCUCGCAAUGCCGAUGGCGAUGCCUCAGCAGCCAUAUCCACAAAUAGCAACGAGGAUGCCGGAGCCUGCUCAACAUCAACCCCCAUACCAGGCUCUGGAUCGGCCUCAACACCGGCAAGCGUAUCCAGAGACGACGAUUUCGCAUGUGCCCAAGGCGGGUCGACACAAGAACCCUGAGGUGAAGCAAAGGGGCGCCAAGAAGGAAGAUCAAGAGCCAAAGGACAGGAUGGAGCGAAACGAGUAUACUAGUGUAACUGAAGCAAAAACGGUUGUGGACAGCCGUCGUGUUGAGCCGGAAGCCGACGGAAGGAAUGAUGAGUACGGAAGGAAUGAUGAGCACGGAAGGAACGAUGAGCAUGGAAGGAACGAUGAGUACGGAAGGAAUGAUGAGCACGGAAGGAACGAUGAGCAUGGAAGGAACGAUGAGCAUGGAAGGAACGAUGAGCAUGGAAGGAACGAUGAGCAGCCCGGGCAGAAAGCAUUCGGGUUAAAUGCGUCGCGUGGACAGUCGUCUCGCUUGACGAGUUUUGGUAUUCUUAGCCUGCAGCUGUGGGAUCCCUCAGCCUUCUGGGCCUCCGGGGUCCGCCGGCCCAUACACGAGUAUGAGCUGGUGCCGCGCGAAUCGCUCGACGACCAACAGCCGUUUGCUCUUGAUCCGCCGACAUCGCGCUCGUCCAAACCAUCGUGGCUCGCCCGCCUGAAAUCUCACCUUAGCGGCGUGAACAAGCUCUCUGAGCGUGCCGUCUACACCCACUACGUCACCCCGCGUCGGCGGAAACGUUCAAUUCUGCGCCUCAUCUACUGGACCUUCUUCUCGGUGCCAUAUAUUCUAAUCCUCCUUGUGCUGAUCACCGGCAUCUUCUUCCCGAGCUAUACGGUCCGACCCGCUCACUAUGAAGAGCUGCGCAAAAGGGCCGCCGACACUGGACGCGCGAACCCGUACAACGAAAAGGUCUUCAUCACUGCGUCGCUGGCAGAGAACAAGGGCGACUUGACCUCUGGCGCAUGGGGCAAAGAGGUAUUGCAGCUGGUGGAUCUGCUGGGUCCCGAGAAUGUCCACUUGAGCCUAUACGAAGACAACCCGGAUCCGCUAACGAAGCAGUCGCUCGCCGACUUCCGCUACAAAGUAAAAUGCAACUCGACCAUCGUCGCCGAAGAUCUCGACAUCGCUGCUCUUCCCCACAUUACACUACCCAACGGCGAGAAGCGCCUGAAGCGAAUCGCUUUCCUCGCCGAGGUACGAAACCGAGCCAUGGACCCCAUCGACAAGCACGGCGUCAAGUUUGACAAGGUCCUUGUCCUCAACGAUGUCAACUUCGACCCUGUCGAGGCUGCCCAGUUGCUCUUCGCAACCAACAUUGAUUCCACCGGACGAGCCGACUACGCAGCAGCGUGUGCUGUUGACCACAUCAUGCCCUUCAAAUUCUACGAUCGCUUUGCAACGCGUGAUUUUGACGGCAUGAUCACUGGCCUACCCUUCUUCCCCUGGUUCACCAGCGCGGGCACAGCCACAAGUAGGAACGAUGUACUGGCAGGCUCGGAUGCAGUGCGUGUGCGUAGCUGCUGGGGCGGCAUGGUGGCAUUCGAAGCCAAAUGGUUCCAGGCCCAAAACCAUGGCCAAAAUAAUAAAGCUGCCCACCCUCAGAGUCAGUCGCCCAACCCUCAUACCUCUCCCCUUCGAUUCCGAUACGACAGCGAGCCUUUCUGGGAGGGUUCCGAAUGCUGCCUGAUCAACGCAGAUCUCCAGUACCGAAUGUCUGGAAAAGGAAGGCCUACGGAAUCCAGGAUAUACAUGAACCCUUUUGUUCGCGUGGCAUAUGAUGAAAGCACCUUGAGCUGGCUGUCCUUUAUCCGUCGGCCAGAACGCCUAUACGCCCCAAUCCACGACAUUCUCAACUACUUUGUCGGCUUUCCCGAGAAGCAGUCACGGUGGGCUGAAGAGCCAGGCGAGGUUGUAAAUGAGCAGGUGUGGGUCUAUGACCAUCCAGUUGCCGCCUUUGCCAAGAACGCCACAGAAGCGGAUCUCUCGGGCCAUUAUAUUGAGCGGACGCGAACUGCGGAACCGGGUGGCUUCUGCACAUCCCCCAACCUUCUUGUCAUCAACGAGAAGCCCGAACAUGGCCCUGGAGCUUGGAGCAAGAUUAUUAUACCCAGACCCCCCAUGUACUGA